CCGCGGUUGGUGAGUCUAGAGGUCAGUCAGAGCCAGAGACCGGGUCAAAUAGGGAGAAAUGGCGGCUGAGCCAGCCUGUGGGUGAGUGAUUUCGGAAGGGGUGGAGAUGUAAGGCCACUGCUCACGGUCGGCCUGGACACGGCUCCCAAGGGGGUGGGGAGUUGACGUCUCUUCUGGCUCCGGCCGGACUCCGUGUGGAAGAGCCUGACAUCCACAUCCUCCCAUCGGGCUGGAGUCCUGUUUUAAGGCUGAAGAGAUGGAGGCUCAGAAGGUGUCACUGACUUGCCCAAGAUCACACAGCAAAUUUGGGGCAAUUGCAUUUCUCUUGUAUACACCAGGACCACAUGAAAGAAUGGAUGCCAAAAGGCCCCUCUUUGGAACAAGAUCUGGGAAAUACAGUCCAGCCUCAAGCCUCAACUUAGUUGGAGCUUGAGAGACUGAGAGCCUCCUGUACAGCAGCCUCGCAGAGAAGUAUUUUGACCUUGGCAUCUAGACAUCUCCCAUCUCCCCCAUGGCCCUGACAAUGCUGAAUGAGCUCCUCCUUGAGGACCCAAGCCCAUCUAUGCUGCUGUACCAGGUUAGCAAGCCUGCCAAGUUAGAUACCCUCAACUAUCAGAGCAACUUUAUGCAGGACAUCUUUGCCCAUUUCCCGGAUACCUUAUUUAUCCACCGGACCUAUAACCCAACGGGCAAGGUGUUAUAUACCUUCCUGGUGGAUGGCCCUCAGGUGCAGCUGGAGGGUCAUCUUGCCCGGACAGUUUACUUUGCCAUUCCUGCCAAGGAGGAUGCUGAAGGCCUGACCCAGAUGUUCCAGGUAUUCAAGAUGUUUAACCCAGCCUGGGAGAAAGUCUGUACUAUCCUGGUAGAUCCCUACUUCUUCCCUCUGCCCAUCCUAGCUAUGGAGUUCCCCAAAGCUGAGGUCCUGCCCUCAGCCUUCCAUAUCUGUAAGUUCCUCCAGGGCAAGUUCUAUCAGCUUUCCCUCGAACAGCCUGUGAAGCAGGUGCUCCUGACCGCCCUGCAGAGCACAAUGUGCUCAGCCACUGCUGGCAACCUGAGGAAGUUACAUGCACUCCUGAGCAACUGCAUCCCCCCAGACCAGCUGACCAAGCAACACUCAUACUGGCUGCUCAAUGACCGCAUCUGGCUGGCCCACCGUCGGAGAAGCCAAGCCGAGAGCAGCCACUACUUCCAGGGCCUGGAGGUCACCACCCGCAUCCUCAGCCAGUUCUUUGGUACCACCCCAUCUGUGGAACAAGGCAUAGCCUCCUUGCUCCGAUUCAUGCAGCAGAACUCUGGGGACAAGGCAGUCCUCAGCCUGGGCCUGAGUCCCCGGAGCAAUUGUGCCCCCUCGGACGUCAGCCCCCAGAGCCCCAAAGUGGAACAGUUGGUAGAAGACUGCAUCCAGCACUCCCUCCACACCAUCUGCACAGAGCCAGCAGCCCAGCUCUGCCUGGGUGAGCUUGCCGUGGUCCAGAAAUCUAUGCAGCUCAUUGGCUCUGGCUCUGAAAAAGUGAAUGUACAAAUCCUGGAAGACACCCAUAGAGUGCAGCCCCAGCCCCCUGCCAGCUGCAACUGCUACUUUAACCAGGCCUUCCACCUGCCCUGCCGCCACAUCCUGGCCAUGCUCAGUGCCCGGCACCAGGUGCUCCAGCCUAAUAUGCUGCCACCUCAGUGGACAGCAGACAGUGCUGCUAGUCUGGAUGACAUCCUGGGCAGCAAGUGGAGUGAGACCCUGGAUAAGCACUUGGCUGUGGCUCUCCUCACUGAGCAGGUGGGUCAGCUCUUACAACACUGCAGCCAGGAGGAGUUUGAACUGCGGUACAGCACCCUGCGGAGACUGGCCGACAUCUGGAUCGGCCCUUACGAGCAGGUCCAGCUGUGAUUACCCUGUGCUGAGAGAUGCUCACACACAGGUACACACAUCCUCCCCUACACACACACUCGCUGUUGUACUUCCCUGGACCCUCCCUCCAGGACAGAACAGAGGUCUUCUAUUGCCUCCUGCUACCUACAAUAUGUCUAGUUUCCUAAGACGGGAAUCAGCAAACCUUUUCUGCAAAGGGCCCGACAGUAAAUAUUUUAGGCUUUGCUGGCCAUAUACAGUCUAUUGUACUUGGUUUUGGUUUUGUUUGUUUUUUCCAACCUUUUGAAAAGGUAAAAACUAUUCUUAGCUCAAGGGCCUUACAAAACAGGUGACCUCUGCUCUGAGAUAAGAGGUACAGACAGUGGGUAAAGAUCAAGGUCUGGGAUAAGUUACCCCAGUCAUGAGAUGACUCUUCUGACUCCCAGAGGAAGAGGCCCCUCAGAGGAGCUGGUGCAGCCAGGUUCCCAGUCUUUUUACUACCCCGGCCCCAUCCUGAGGUCAUUAAAGUUGAAUGUUGCCUACUUUA